CAGCAAUACCCAUGGUUGUAUACAGAGAAGAUGAGCCAACUUCGCGGUAGUGAUUUCUUUCUUUUGAUGCUCACUACCUUUUUUCAUCCAAUGUAGUUUAGUCGGUUGACAUCGUGACAAUAUAAUCGAUUUAGAGUUUAAAUAACCUAUAUUUAUGUUUCUUCGCGGCGAAGAAAGCAAUAAGACUCAUCUAAGCAGCUAUGUUGAGAGGAAGCAUGUGAAAGUGACGAGGGGUUGGGCAGGGCCUGGUCGGUGUUCGUUUUAGUUUUAAUUAGAAUAGUGACUCAAGCCGGGUCAAUAUGGCUGCAAACAAUAAUCAGAAUGGUUGGCUAAACAGUCUGGGAAUUGGUUAUGGCACUCCGCUCAGCGUCGUUCCCGAGCAGCAAGCGGGAACUUCGGAAUGUAACCAGUUUGAACAACUGGAUAGAGCUGCUACUGGCAGCAAUACCCUCAAGAGAAAUCCCAAGAUGGAACUAACAAAGAAUGAUCUCCUUAAGCUAGUUACCUAUUUUGAAGGUGAAAUACAAGCAAGAGACAUUGUGAUUGCAGCUUUGAAGUCUGAAAAGUUGAAACAAAUAGUGAACAUGGGUAGAUAUAGACCAGCAGUGAUUGCUGAUCCAUACACUGCCCUUUUAAGGGAUUGCAUUGUGGAUGGUCCAAAUGCGAAACCUGCAGUUAGUGAGAGAGAUAUUACACAGGCAGCUGAACAGCAGCUACAGGCCCUUGAACAGUUGGCUUUGCAGCAACGAAGAGCUCAUCAGCAUAUGGUCAAUAUAUUGAAAGAUGCUGAGAGUAAACAUAAAAAAGUAAUCCAAGAGCUGGAGGAAGAGAAAUGCAAGCAUGAGCAUGACACAGCUCAGGGUGAUGAUAUCACUUAUGGAUUGGAAAUGGAAAGGACUAGGCUAAGGCAGGAGUUGGAAGUUGAGAAGACUUCUAGGAAAAAGUUGGAGAAAGAAGUGAAGAGGCAGCAAGAGUUAGCAGAUGAAGAAAGGGGAAGGCAAAAACAGAUUGUGUUAUUGCUUUUGGCAGAAAGGAAAAAAAUAAUUGUUAAAUAUAUUGAGGAGAGGAAGAGAAGUGAAGAUCUGGCUCAAAUCUUGUCUGAGGAGAAAGCCAAAAUUGAUACUAUGGCAGAAGGUUUAGAGGAAGAGAGUAAAAAGUCUUUGCAGAUGGAAGCAGAAUUAGAGAAGCAGCUACAUGUUUUCGAGGGUGAUAAGAAAACGUUGAAAACCUCACUGGCGAAUAAGGAUGCUCGGUGUCAGGAGUUGGAGAUGGAGUUGCAAAAGUUAAAGCUGGAAAUUGAAGCUUUAAGGUCGCGGCCUAGGGAUCCGGGUGAUACUGCGGCUCCUAUGACCAGUAGUGUAGCGAAAGUUGUUCAACCUACAGCUACUGUGUCCAGUGUUCCAGUAUCAGGACCAACAACUGGAAUCGCCCAAUCAGUAACCCCAGGUCAGGCAUUAAGGCAAACGGCUAUAGCUCCAAUCCCAAUUCCACCAAAGGCUUCCACUGUUCAACCGCAGGCAAACCCCGGUCUAUCGACGAUUAGGACAGCACCUAACAAGGGCGCCACCUCUGCCGCCGCCGCCUUCCAUCAGCCAUACACCCAGACUUCCGCUCCGCAGACUCCGCCGAAAAAGGGCUCAGUGGCUGGUAGGGGCGUCCCACCUCCAAUACCUCCAAAUAAACCAGUUAUUCCUAGCAAACAGAAUGCCGUGCGACGUCCAGAGACCGCCGAAGGGGAUAAAAAAAAGCCCAGUGGGAGUAAAGAAGUCGUCGGACAGCCGGAAGCCGGGCGCAGCACACCCGGCAUUGAGAUGUUAGGUCAAGAGUUGGCGGAUUUUCAGCAAAUGUUCGUAACGAUGGCAACUAGCAAUAAUACUUAAAAUACCUACUUUUAGCAUUAAAAGGGGGAUUUUUACAUAUACCUCUCUGGAUAAAUAUACCGGGUGUAGUAGCUCAGAACGAUCAAGGAUUUCUAUUCGACACGAAAAUCGCUGAAAGGUUCUUGAAAUUCAAAGCAAAAAUAAA